AUGGAGAGACAGAUUCAGCCAUAAAUCGACAAUAGCAGUAGCAUGUCGAUUACCGUUCGUCUUCUGUUUCUUCUUCUGGUGAUCGGAAAUGUAGGAUUCUUCAUUGCUAACGGUGUGGUUGAUGAAUAUCAGAGAGAUGAUUUUCCGGCGGAAUUUGUUUUUGGAUCGGGAACUUCUGCUUAUCAGGUUGAAGGAGCAGUACUGGAAGAUGGAAGGAGUUUCAGCAUUUGGGACACCUUCGCUCAUUCGGGCUACUACAAUGGAGCAAAUGGGGAUGUAGCAUGUGAUGGGUACCAUAAAUACAAGGAAGACAUUCAACUUAUGGCAGACACCGGUUUGGAAGCAUUUAGAUUUUCCAUCUCUUGGUCGAGACUGAUCCCAAAUGGAAGCGGAUCUGUCAAUGCAAAGGGCUUACAAUACUACAACAAUUUCAUCAACGAGCUUCUCAGCCAUGGAAUACAACCACAUGUUACAUUGUUUCAUGAUGAUCUACCACAGAUACUCGAAGAUGAAUAUGGAGGAUGGAUUAGCAGAAAAGCAGUGAAAGACUACCUCGCAUACGUUGACAUUUGCUUCCGAGAGUUUGGUGAUAGGAUUUUGCACUGGACUACUUUCAAUGAAGCCAAUGUAUUUAGUUUGGGUGGUUAUGAUGUGGGUUUCACGCCUCCUGGCCGUUGUUCUUCCCCGUUCGGGUUCGGUAACUGCACCAACGGCGGUAACUCUUCAUACGAGCCAUACCUUGUAACUCACCAUUUGCUGCUGGCUCAUGCAUCGGCUGUAAGAUUGUACCGGAAAAAAUACAAGGGCAGGCAACAUGGUUUUGUUGGAAUAAAUGUGUUUGCCUAUUGGUUUGAACCUUAUACAAAUACAAUGGAAGAUUUGAAGGCUACCCAAAGAGCACAUGACUUCUACCUGGGCUGGUUUUUGAAUCCCUUGGUGAACGGGGACUACCCAGAAACUGUGAAGAAAAACGCAGGCAACCGAAUUCCAUCUUUUACAAAACUAGAAUCGGAGAGAAUCAAGGGUUCAUUCGACUUCUUUGGCAUAAACCAUUACACCACAUUACAAGUCAAGGACAAUCCUAGUAGUCUUGAAAACGACAUCAGGGACUUUAUGGCAGACAUGGCAGUAACGCUUAUAUUUAGCGGAACUGAAAUCCCGCCAACUCAGUUCCUAGUGGAACCAUUGGGUCUACAGAAUCUCCUUAACUAUCUGAAGGAAGAAUACGGAAAUCCUCCUAUCUACAUUCACGAAAACGGCCAAGUACAACCGCGUAAUGGAACAUUGAUCGACACACCGAGAGUAGAGUAUUUGCGUGCCUAUACCGGUGCUUUGUUGGAUGCAUUGAGGCUUCUUGUUUCUCAGGAUAUGCAAUCUUUGUACAGGAACGGAUCGAACACGAGGGGUUAUUUUGUGUGGUCUUUUCUCGAUCUCUUUGAGCUAAUGGAUGGCUAUAAAUCUGGUUACGGUCUGUACUACGUUGACCUGAACGACAAGGAGUUGACUCGAUAUCCGAAGCUCUCUGCACACUGGUACACCAGUUUUUUGAAAGGACAGAACAUCAGCCAAGAUGACAUUUUUCUGAAAUUGGAUGCAAAAGACUCUUCAUCUUCUUCACAUUAGCUUUUGCCUUCCAUAAUAUUGUGAUCAUUCUUCAUACUCAAAAAACCAAUUAUUUAUAAUUGGUAUCAAAUUAUAUUUUGCAUCUU